CCCGAGCUGGCCAGGGCCCCCCGCCGCCAUGGAUAGCGACGACGAGAUCGUGGAGGAGGCGGUGGAAGGGCACCUGGACGACGACGGGCUGCCGCACGGGUUCUGCACAGUCACCUACUCCUCCACCGACAGGUUUGAGGGGAACUUCGUUCACGGAGAGAAGAACGGACGGGGGAAGUUCUUCUUCUUUGAUGGCAGCACCCUGGAGGGGUACUAUGUGGACGACGCACUGCAGGGCCAGGGAGUUUACACCUACGAGGACGGGGGAGUCCUCCAGGGCACGUAUGUGGACGGAGAGCUGAACGGUCCGGCCCAGGAGUACGACACGGAUGGGAGACUGAUCUUCAAGGGGCAAUAUAAAGACAACCUCCGGCAUGGAGUGUGCUGGAUAUAUUACCCAGAUGGAGGCAGUCUUGUAGGAGAAGUGAAUGAAGACGGAGAAAUGACUGGAGAGAAGAUAGCCUACGUGUACCCAGAUGAGAGGACGGCACUCUAUGGAAAAUUCAUCGACGGAGAGAUGAUAGAAGGAAAGCUGGCCACUCUUACGUCUACUGAAGAAGGCAGGCCUCACUUUGAACUGAUGCCUGGAAGUUCGGUGUACCACUUCGAUAAGUCGACUUCCUCCUGCAUUUCUGCCGAUGCUCUUCUUCCAGAUCCUUAUGAGUCAGAAAGGGUUUACGUUGCUGAAUCUCUUAUUUCUACUGCUGGAGAAGGACUCUUCUCGAAGGUAGCAGUGGGACCUAACACUGUUAUGUCUUUUUAUAAUGGAGUCCGAAUUACACACCAAGAGGUUGACAACAGGGACUGGGCCCUUAACGGGAACACCCUGUCCCUGGAUGAGGAGACGGUCAUUGACGUACCUGAGCCCUACAACCACGUAUCCAAGUACUGCGCCUCCUUGGGACACAAGGCAAACCACUCCUUCACUCCGAACUGCGCCUACGACAUGUUUGUCCACCCCCGUUUUGGAUCCAUCAAGUGCAUCCGCACCCUGCAAGCUGUGGAGGCUGACGAGGAGCUCACCGUUGCCUACGGCUAUGACCACAGCCCCCCAGGCAAGAGCGGGCCUGAAGCGCCUGAGUGGUACCAGGUGGAGCUGAAGGCCUUCCAGGCCACCCAGCAGAAGUGAAAGGCCGGCACUGGGCUUCAGAGACCUGGAGGAGGAACUCGGAUCUAUGCACUACGUUUAUCUGACAACGGGACAACCAGGGAUGCUCGUGCUGUGACAUCACACCCUCUCGCCCUGCGUUAGCAACCUGCUCGCAUACUAACUAGGUUUGACUGUAUUACUCACACCCGAUUUCAAAUUAGCUAGCCUUGCAGCAGCGUCCUCUGAGAGGUA